GCGUCGACCCACUCCUCCUUGACGUUGAAAAGCCUAAAAGCUUCUCUCUCUCUCUCUCUCUAUCUCUCUCUCGCCACCGCAAGUAACCGAGAACUCCAUACGCACCACCAAAUGGCCCCUAAACUGGGAUCCUUCCAUUACAACUUCGAGCAGCGGAGCAAGGAACGGCUCCUCUCCUCCACCCUCCUCCCCCACCUCUACGAUGACCCCUCCACCCGGCAGGGAGGCUGCUUCCGCCGCCUGGCCGAUCGGAUCGCCGCCGCGUGGGCCUUCAUCCGGUGGUUGGCCGUCGAGGGCUGGGAGUUCGGGCGGUCGGACCCACGGAAGGUGGUGUUCGCCGCCAAGAUGGGCCUCGCCCUCACCCUCAUCUCCCUCCUUAUCUUCCUCCGGGAGCCCUUCCGGGACCUCACCAAGUACUCCGUCUGGGCCAUCCUCACCGUCGUCGUGGUCUUCGAGUUCAGCAUAGGUGCCACUCUAAGCAAAGGGCUUAAUCGGGGUUUAGGAACAUUACUUGCCGGAGGCCUUGCUCUAGGUGUUGCAGAACUAGCAAUACUCACCGGAGAUUUGGAGGAAGUAACUGUAGUUAUUAGCAUCUUUGUUGCUGGAUUUUUUGCAAGCUUCAUAAAGCUCUACCCGACAAUGAAGCCUUAUGAAUAUGGCUUUCGAGUCUUUUUGCUCACAUUUUGUUUCAUAAUGGUGUCCGGAUAUAGGACAAGGGCAUUUAUUGAGACUGCAGUGAGCCGGUUUCUAUUAAUUGCUCUUGGAGCUGGUGUUGGUUUGGGAAUAAAUAUUUGCAUUUAUCCAAUCUGGGCAGGAGAGGAUCUGCACAACCUGGUAGCAAAGAACUUCACAGGUCUAGCUAAGUCUUUGGAAGGUUGUGUCAAUGGAUACCUUCAAUGCGUUGAAUAUGAAAGGGUUCCUUCAAAAAUUCUUACUUACCAGGCUUAUGAUGAUCCUCUGUACAGUGGGUAUCGAUCUGCUGUACAAUCAACAAGUCAAGAGGAUGCUCUUUUAGGUUUUGCUAUCUGGGAGCCACCACAUGGUCCUUACAAAAUGUGGAAUUAUCCCUGGAAGUGCUAUGUUAAAGUUAGUGGUUCGCUCAGGCACUGUGCCUUCAUGGUUAUGGCACUACAUGGUUGUAUACUAUCAGAGAUUCAGGCCCCACCAGAAAGCAGACAAAUUUUUAGCAGCGAGCUGAAGAGAGUUGGUAUCGAAGGUGCUAAAGUGUUACGCGAGCUUGGAGAUUUAAUUAAGACAAUGAGAAAACUGGAUAAACCAAAUUUUCUCUUUGAAGUCCACGAGGCAGCUGAAGUUUUGCAGAAGAAGAUAGACAGGAAAUCGUACCUACUAGUGAAUCUAGAAAGCUGGGAGGGUGUAGAGUUCCCUGAUGGAACAAAGGGAAUCCCUGGCAGACCUAACAUCACGGAAGAUGAUAGCAAAUGCUACACAGCAAGAUCUAAUGGUGAAGCAGUUGUCGAUCAUCGAUCACCACCACUUUCUACAAGUUCUGAUAUUCACAACUUAGUCACAAGUGACACCGGUUCUCUGCCAAAGAUGGACUCCAUGUUCAGGAGGCAGAUGCAGUGGCCUGGAAGGCAGUCAUUUAAUUUAGAAGUCAUGCUUAACGGAGAAGAGUCGAGAACCUAUGAAAGCGCUAGUGCAUUGUCACUGGCAACGUUUGCUUCGCUUCUCAUUGAAUUUGUUGCGAGGCUUCAAAAUUUGGUGGAUGCAUUUGAAGAGCUAAGUGAACAAGCCAAUUUCAAGGGGAAUGUAGAUGAAUCAGUGUCGGAGACUGCUGGGCUGUGGACCAGAAUCAGGAAGUUUCAUGUGAGAAAAGAGGAAUUAGUUUAGAGGGUCAAGGAAUUCGUUGUUCGAAGAUUCCUAAUGGAGUGUUUUGCAGUGAAAUAUCGGUGUUGCAGCUAAAACUUUUGGAGAACUUUUAGUGUUCUCGUCUGGCAAUCAGAUUGCUAUUUCGCAAGCAUGUAAAUAUCCAAAGGCUCAUGUAAACAUAUAAUGACAAGAAAUCGGAUUCCACUGGUAUCAGUUGGGCAUGCAGAUGACCCAAAAAAAUAAAACCCCGUGUAUUUUUUACAACAAUAUCCUAUAAAUUAUUAUUAUUACUUCCAAUAGCCA